AUGUCCGCUGCGCUGUCCGACUUUUUGAAGCAGUCAAAUCUGCUUCAAGUGACGGACGGUGGACCGCUGGUUGCCGGAACCGACGGUGUUGAGGGGACGAGAGUGGAUCUCGUCGGCGAGGUGGAGCACGCGAUCAUCCAAGUCCAGGAGACGGAGCUCCUUGCCGAGGUGUGCAAUACGGUAUUCGAUGUGAUGAAACAGAACGGCGAGGUCCUAGUCUUCUCGACAGACCUGACAACCGCUCAUCGGAAACUUCGAAUUGCCGGAUUCCGUGUGACCGAGCUGGCCGCCGAUUGGCCGGCCAGAGGUGUCAAAUCGGUCAAUUUUGGGGACAAAGUCACGUUGGAUUUGGGAAACGCCACUGUUGAGGAGGAUUUGAUUGAUGAGGAUGGAUUGCUCCAGGAGGAAGACUACGAGAAGCCAACUGGCGAUCAGCUCAAGGCCGGCGGAUGUGGACCGGACGACCCGAAUAAGAAGAAACGCGCGUGCAAGAACUGCAACUGUGGACUCGCCGAGCAGGAGGAGGCCGAGAAGAUGGGCAAGAUUGCUGAGGCGUCGGCUGCGAAGAGCAGCUGUGGAAAUUGCGCUCUCGGAGACGCGUUCCGCUGUGCCACGUGCCCCUAUCUCGGACAGCCACCAUUCAAGCCUGGAGAGACUGUCAAACUCUCAUCUGUCGACGACUUCUAA